AUGCCUGAUCCUCGCGUCUUUAUCAUUCGCCAUGGCGAAACAGAAUGGUCCCUCAACGGGCGACAUACUGGGAUUUCGGAUAUCCCACUCACCGCAAAUGGCGAGAAGCGUAUUCUCGCUACGGGCAAAGCACUGGUCGGCGAUGAUCGCUUGAUCGUACCUGGAAACUUGGCACACAUUUAUGUGUCCCCCCGCACCCGCGCAAAACGAACCCUCGAACUUCUUGAUCUAGGCUGUCGCGACCGCUUCCCCUGGUCCUCCGCACUCCCCUCUCUUAGCCCCCGCACAAACGCCUCGAUUCAAGUCUGCGAGGCAAUCCGCGAAUGGGACUACGGCGCCUACGAGGGAAAAACUUCGCCGCAGAUCCGCAAAGAGCGGAAAGAAAGGGGGUUGCACGAGGACUGGGACAUUUGGCGCGAUGGUUGUGAGGGCGGGGAAAUGCCUGGGGAUGUGGAGGCGAGGCUGGAUGGGUUGAUCAGGGAGAUUAGGAACAAGUUUCAUAGAGGACGAUUUGGAUCGGACAACAAACCAAGCGACGUCCUUAUCGUUGCGCAUGGACAUGUAUUACGAUCUUUUGCAGCACGUUGGGUCGGAAAACCGUUGCGAGAUAACCCCAGCUUGAUUCUCGAGGCUGGAGGUGUGGGCACGCUGAGCUAUGAACACCAUAACGUGGAGGAGCCGGCCAUCUUGCUAGGUGGUGCGUUUGUUGUGGAUGUUGUGGAAAAGGAAAGACAGAAGAAGUAG